AACUUCACCAGGUACUGGGGGCGCGUCUGAAAAAAAGGAAGCGGGUUUCAAUUUCAAACCCAAACAGCUCCAGGGCCGAGUCAGAGGAUUGCGGGAUAACAUUAAAGCCAGCGUUUACCGCAGUUUGUUGUAAUUUGCAACGUUAUUCAGAUACAUAUCAGAACACUGUCGUUCUUACCGGUCGUGGUUACAGUCCACAGAGUCCGCGAAAAAAAAAAAAAAAAAAAAGUCGCCGCGUCUUCGCUCCAGUUUUCCGCGCCUUGUUCAUUGGGAUGACAAUCCGACACUUUGUUAUUUGUUGCAGGUGCUGACUAAUCCGGACACUGUAUCUUGUUAAACUGCCACUGUAUUUCAGUAUUGCAUAUAUUUGACAUAGCAAGCUAUUUUUGCAAGAAACAUGCCGCGGUCCAACAGGCAAAAGGAAUACAAACCUGGAGAUCUUGUAUUUGCUAAAAUGAAGGGAUACCCACAUUGGCCUGCAAGGAUUGAUGAGUUACCUGAGGGAGCAGUGAAAUCCCCCUCGAACAAAUACCAGGUGUUCUUUUUUGGGACCCAUGAGACAGCAUUUCUGGGGGCCAAGGAUUUGUUCCCAUAUGAUGAAUGUAAGGAGAAGUUUGGAAAAGCAAAUAAGAGGAAAGGCUUCGCCGAGGGGCUCUGGGAGAUCGAGAACAACCCCACGGUCACACAUGAAGGUUACGAGUCUUCGAUGAAGGAGAAUGCAUCAGAAGAAGCAGGGGAUACAGGUAGUUUGGAGAAAGCAGAUGCUGGGGGCAGCAGUGAUGAGGACGAAGGGCCCCUGGUCAUUGAUGAGAAGAACGAAAGGGGAGGAACUAAACGAAAAGCAGAGGGGUCCACAGAGGCAUCCCCCAAGCGGCCGAAGGAUACUGGGGGAGAAGGUGAAUCUAAAGUCGAGAGCAACAAGUCUAACACAGAGGCCAGGCUGAACGAUGUGGCUGGACCCAAGCCAACUGCUCCCUCCUCACAGAGCGAGUCAAAACCAGAGGCCCAGGAAAAUGCUCCAGCAGGAGGCCAGCUAACGGCAGAUAAGCCGGUGACAGACAGUGCUUAACAUCAGCUCACAGAAGAAAACCCAAAACCUUCUCGGGAAUUCAAGCGUCAACAUGAUGACCUACAGGAUGCCAGAUUUCAGCUGAUUAAUUGAUAGAAACCUUUUAAAAACCUAUGUGUUUGUAUGGAGAGACAAGCAACCUCUCAUAGGCUAAUUCUGGGAUAUCAUAUAUCCCAGAAUCCAAAAGUUUGCUAAUCUGAUUUCAAACAAUUGAACCGAGCACUUUAAGGCUCAUUUAUAAAUGGGAUUUUGGUGUGUAUAUAUUUUUUAUUUCUAAGUGCAAUUAUGUAACCACAGAAAGUGAAUGCUAGGUGUCAAAACAUUUUUCAGUUUAGAGGGAAUAAACACUGAAUAUACAGUAAAUAAAGGACAACGUUUAAACAAGAACAUUUAUUUGACAAAUACGCCUUUUUGAAGGGUUUAAAACAUAGGCAUUAUACGGCAGGCAUUGUGUAUGAACAAGAACAAAUUUUGAUCCGCAUCCUCAGCUUUACUUCAUAAACUAGGUUUUACUUCAGUAUGUUUUGCCAUAGCUUCUCAGCCUCUUCAACAUCAUUUACUCAGUUGUUGGACACUUGAAGAGCUGCACUUUGAGAAUUAAUUUUUUUUUUUACCCACUGCCCCAUCAGUCAUUGACUUGUUCACUGUAUGUUGUUUUUAUGCAACGCAGUUUUUGUUGCUUUGGUGCAGUCAGUGUAUGCUUCAUUACAGGUGACCAAAUUAUGUAAUCCAAUAUGAGGCCGACUUGGCCCUUGAAGUUAUUGAAUAUGUAAACCCUAUUUGAGAAGAGCGAUAUUAGGAUUUAAACAGUUGCAUCAUAAGCCCGUCUAACUUUCUCUAGCUGAUGAUGGAAAGCAGAAAGACAUUCCUGAACGAUGUUGUAUCCAAGCCCUGUUUAAGUCAAGGUGUAGUAGUGGCAUUUUUGAGGGGAAAAGAUCAAUAGUCACCACUUUUUCUGGGGAAAUUAUUUGGCAAACUCAGCUCAAUUUUAAAUUUCAUAUUGUAGUCUUCUUUUUUUUUUCCAGCUCACAUUAAGGCUGCCAUUACUUGAUACUGGAGAUUGAUUUGUGAAGGACACUUGAUUGUCAUCAGUAACCAGGUGUAACCAGGUGUACCACGUUUCUUUUUCAGCUCUGAAGUGUAUUACUGACAUUGCUUACAUAUGAUGUUCACAGAUUGUGAUCUUGACAGAAACUGAACUGAGAAAGAAUCUACUCAGUGAGCCAUCUGUAAACUUCAGUUUCUGAUGUUUUGGUUUCCGACCCGACUGGAAUAUAAUUCUGCUUUACUUCAGUGGUCUUAUUAUUUUGGAUGUGAGACAAAGUUGUGAUGUUUAAAAAUGUGUUUUAUUCCAACAUUUGGUCUAACAACAUGUUGGUCAGUAUGUGGUGUUAUUUUCCACUUUUUGUGUGUUAAAUACUUGUCCUGCUCGCCAUGUUAUUUGGAUGUUAUAGUCAUGGUUUCUGUGUUCUAUCCUGUAUUUGACAACAUGAGCCCAGUUUAUCAAUAUUCUUAAGGGAAGUCACUGCUCUUAAAAGUGAAAUCUAUGGCCGCCUUCCCAUCACCACACCACUGAUUUCCAAGCGUAGAAUGCUAAAACUCUGAUUUAGAGUUAAUUCCAAGUUUAUAAUUUGGUAUUGAAGUGUAAUUCUUGGUUUAGCUUUCUCUGUUACUUUUGGAAGCUGCCAUUCAUCUUAAUCUGCUGCUUGGUUUACUGUUGUAGCUGUCAGUCCAUUUAAUAAACAUAUUGAUUACAAAAAAGCCA